UAUGAGGAGUAAAAACCUUAAAAGACAAGAGAAGAACAAAAGUGAGAGAUGCUUCAUAGACAAAAACUUAGAAGAAGCUCAAUCUUUUAAUACCUGCCACCAAACAGACUCAACGAUUCUAGUGAAGAUCCAGAGUUUGAUUUUCUGGAGUGAAAGUAGUAAAUGUUUCAGUUUUCUUGCCAAUCCUCCAAAAGCUUUUGGAGACCUUUCUUCUCUGAAUCACCAUUCUCAUUUCCAUUUUGAUUCAGAGGUCUCUCUGAUGCGAGACUUAACAAACGCUUGUGAAACGCUCUCCCUUAGAGCAUCUCCAAUGUAUAUCUCUAUAUUUUACUCUAAAAUAGAGAUCUCUAUUAUAGAGGUGGAUUUGCUCCAAUGUAUGCCUCUAUAAUAGAGUUCUUCUAUUUUAGAGGAAAAUAUAGAGGAAUCUUACUUUCUACCUCUAUAUUUAGAGAUGAAAAUAGCAAAUCUCUAUAUUUUCCUCUAUAAAUAGAAGAACUCUAUUAUAGAGGCAUACAUUGGAGCAAAUCCACCUCUAUAAUAAAGUUUCUCUAUUUUAGAGGAAAAUAUAAAGAUAAAAAUAGAAGUGGGUUUCUUAGAAAUAUGAUGUUUGGUAACCAGAAGGUCAACCUAGCAAGAAAAAAAAGAAAAAAAAAGUGUUUAGAGAGAAUCAAGAUCCUGAAAAUGUUCAACUCACAUGUUAAGUAUAUAGUCUUUGUUUUACCUUGAAAGUUACUUCUUUCUAUAACACAAUUUUUUGGGAGUUGGCUUAGUAUAUUUUGGUUUAAUUUUGUUUCUUUUACAUAUGUUUUCACCUGUUUUAAAAUCAUAAGAAUUUAGUUUUGGUAUUUAUACUAUACUUUUAUUGUACAGUUUAAGCAGUAAGAGGCUAAGAGCACUAUACUUUUUAUAUUCAUUGAUUAGCUAGAUAAUUUGUUCAGCCGAUAUUUAUCUUCUUGCAAUUUUUACCUUCUAACCAGCAAAAAACUCUAUGAUUCAAUUCAAACUUUUGAACUGAUACAAACUUGUUUAUCUAUGUCAAAAACAAAAUGAUCGAAUUCAUGACCGACAUGAGAAUUUUGGGACAUUGACUUACUAUGUAAUGGUACAAAAGGGUCCAUUGACUUGGACUAAGAAAAAGCAAAUUGAUAAUCGAGAAGUACCUAAUCUUGAUACAAAAUAUCAUUUAAAUAUACAAAAUUUCACACAAUAAAUACAAACACACACCACCUUCAGAUUUCAUCAUGCACACAACUAGAUCUCCCACUCACUCCUCCCAAACAAAACAAAACAAAAAUGGCUACCCAAAGAGCGAUUCUACAAAACGCUCUCAUCCUUUUUCUCUUCACUUUAACCAUCCUAACAAAAACCGCGUUCUCUCAAAACUGCGGUACAACAGGAUGUGCCCGCAACCUAUGCUGCAGUAGGUAUGGAUACUGUGGCACCACAGCCGCUUACUGCGGUACAGGGUGCAGAAGCGGACCUUGUAGCUCCCGAACCACACCUAUCCCACCAACUCCUAGCGGCGGUGGUGGAGGUCUAAACGCUGACCCUCGUGAUACAAUUGCAAAUGUUGUCACACUAUCAGUUUUUAAUAGUAUCAUGAGCAAAGUAGGAAACGGCUGCCCAGCAAAAGGGUUCUACACUCGUCAGGCUUUCAUCUCGGCUGCUCAAUCAUUCCCGGCUUAUCGAGGAACCGUCGCUAAGCGUGAAAUCGCCGCCAUGUUGGCUCAGUUCUCACACGAAUCUGGAAGUUUUUGUUACAAAGAAGAAAUAGCAAGAGGAAGGUAUUGCCAAGCUAGCACAGUCUACCCUUGUCAACCGGGAAAGAACUACUACGGUCGUGGUCCUAUCCAAAUCACAUGGAACUACAACUACGGUGCAGCCGGAAAGUUCCUUGGACUCCCUCUAUUGACUGAUCCAGAUAUGGUGGCUCGUAGUCCUGAGGUGGCCUUUAAGUGUGCCAUGUGGUUCUGGAACCAAAAUGUUCGUCCCGUCUUGGACCAAGGCUUUGGAGCCACCACAAGGAAGAUUAACGGUGGCGAGUGCAACGGUAGGCGUCCGGCAGCGGUGCAAAGCAGAGUUAAUCGCUACUUGGAGUUCUGUAGGCUGUUUGGGAUCACUCCUGGAACAAGUCUUAGUUGUUAAAGAUAUUAAAUGUGGUUAAUAUGACACCCUUCAUGCUUUGAUGCUGGUCUUGCGCGUGUGAGUUAAUAAGUAAUGGUGUUGAAUAAAAGGUUAUGAGGUGUACGUAACCUAAUGAAUGUAUCCUGUGUUGUUUGUAUCGGUUGUCAUAAAAUAAAGUAUAUCAGCCAGUCCAUAAUAAACGCAUUUACACCCUUUUUAAUGAUUAUUGCAAACAAAUCUUACAGAGUGUUUUAAGCUGAAAAAUAAGAGAAACUUCUACAAGAGUUAAACAUAAUUGACGAAUAAAAAAAGUGGAGAAAUAGCAAAUAGGCUUAGGCCUAAGUUGUUUCAAAGUGUAUGAACCAAAUGGUGAUGAGAACCGGUAGAAAGUGUGAAAUUGAUGCAUUUUCAAAUCAAAGAAGAAACUGGCAUUAAGACAAUGUAGGGUUUGUUUUAACUUGUUUACUAUACGGAUUGUUAAGAUUGCUUUGGAACUAGGGGAAAUGUCUCAAAAAUAACAGAAUAGUUAUAGAUAAGAUGGUCCACUCACACGUAAAAUGAGCGUGGACUUACACAUGCAUGAUAGGGUUCAUACGCAUACGGCUCACAUCCGACGUCAAGCGGCAUAUUUCAAUGACUUCUUAUUUGUCCUUUUCGCCGAACUACCCUUUUAGUAGUCAGACUCUUGCUCUCUUAAAUCAUGGAAGAUGAUUUCACAUCUAUGAAUUUUUUUUUGUUAUGCUGAUAGUAUUUUUAUAAUUUUUUGGUUGAUUUCUUAAUGAUAUUUUUAUAUGAAAAGGUUAUUUUAUUUUCAAAUGAAUAAUAAAUUACCUUUUACAUGAACAAAAGUAUACAAGGUUUAACAAGUAAUUGUUACGUAUAUGUAUAAAAUCUAGGAUUAGCACAAUCUAGAUUGACUCUGAUGUGCUCAAGUAUUUUUUGAGGUGGCUGCAGAACACCAUACUUUAUCAAUUUUAUUUGAUCCUAAAACUAACUUUUAGUUUGAUAACGACAUUUCCAUGCAAACACACACAAAUUCCUUAAGAUAAUUUUCGAAAAACCUUAGGGAAAAAAACCUUUAGGGAAAAAAAAAACCUAUAAAGUUUUUUCUAAAUUUUUUUGUGAACUCUUUCAUUUUUCUUUUUCAGUUUCGGUGUCUAAUUUGUUGCCUAAAUUGUCAUUUAUAGUUCAGAACUUCUCCCACACAAGCUAGCCACUCCGCAAUUCUUUAAUGAAUAUUUUUGUUAAUUCUUUAAACUUAUUUCAAAAGGUUCUUGUUUCAAAGAAGAAAUAACUGGAGGAAGAUACUGCUCACUGAGCUUAAGGUACCCUUGUCAACCGGGAAAGAACUAUUACGGUCGUGGUCCGAUCCAAAUCACAUGGAUCUACAACUACGGCCGGAAGGUUUCUUGGACUUCCUCUCUUGGAAGAUCCAGAAAUGGUGGCUCGUAGCCCAACCGUAGCUUUCAAGUGUGUGCCAUGUGGUUCUGGAACAAGAAAUUGCGUCCGGUUUUGAGCAGAGGGUUUGGAGCCACUACAAGAAGGAUCAACGGCGGUGAGCGUCCAGACGCGGUGGAAAGCCAUUACUUGGAUUUCUGUAAGAAGCUUGGGGUCACGCCUGGAACCAACCUCAGAUGUUGAAGACACUACUCGUUUAUGUGGGUUUUCCAGAGUUGUGUGAGUUAAUGGUGCCGUGUGUCGAAUUUUAAAGAGAAGUCAUAUUAAUAUCAUUUUUUGUAUGUGAGUUGUAAGGUAUAUUGUGUUGUUUGUGUGGAACUACAUCUCAUUAUUCAAUAAACAUAUUUCUUUGUUUAUUUUUUCCACUACAAAAGUACAAAUUCGUAUAGACAAAUGUUUUUUAAAAUUUUAUCGUUACAUCAAUUCUUAUCAAUCUUUACUAGAACUCUAAAUUAUUAAUGCAAACGAUUUGAUCCAACAAAUAUUAUCAUGUAAAACUCCAAAAAUGUUUUAGUCAAAAACAAAAAAAAACUCCAAAACUGCAUUCCUAAAGCUAAAUCAUACACUUAA